UUCCCCCGCCGCUCCUACGGGCGCAUAAAGGUGCCUCUCCGGAUGUUUCCAGGAAAAAGUUUGUCCCGAACGGCGCUGGACGGGAUUGUCCCGUAAAGAUUAAAGCAGCCACGUUUCCGGGCGGACACCUCGUCCCAUAGCCAUGUUUCUGCGGCAGUUGACGGGUUGGGGGGAAAUGAUGGGUCAGUGCCUGGGAUCCGAACUGACCGACGAUGAGAAGAAUGCGAGGACCCAGAGCGCUGACAUAGACAAGGACCUCUACGAGCUCGCCAAGAAGGAGAUGAACGUGGUCAAGAUUCUCAUGUUGGGUGCGGCAGAGAGCGGCAAGAGCACCCUGGUCAAGCAGAUGAAGAUCAUUCACAGCCAUGGGUUCACCAAGCAGGAGCUGACCAGCUUUAAGCCGGCAGUGCUGGAUAACCUCCUUACCUCCAUGAAGUUCGUCCUGUAUGGGAUGGGAGUCCUCCGAAUCAAUCUGGCCAACAGCAAGAACAAGAUCCACGCCCACUCGGUGCUCUCCUGUGGCCGCUGCUUUGACGAGGACCAGACUCUCUUCCCUUUCCUUGCCCGUGCGCUCCGCUGCUUGUGGGCUGACCACGGUGUGCGAGCCGCCGCUGCCCGCGGCUAUGAGUACGAGCUCAACGACUCGGCGCUCUUCUUCUUCGAGAACAUGGAUCGCAUCGUCUCCCCCGACUACCUGCCCACGGAGAUGGACGUGCUCCGGGUGCGACUGCGUACCACGGGCGUCAUUGAGACCCAAUUCAAAGUUAACCACCUGAUUAUCAGGAUGUACGACGUGGGCGGACAGCGGACGGAGAGGAGGAAGUGGAUCUCCUGCUUCGAGGACGUGCGUGCCGUGCUGUUCGUAGUGGCACUCAGCGGCUAUGACAUGACCCUGAAGGAGGACCCCUCCAUGAACCGCCUGCAGGAGAGUCUGAAGCUCUUCUCCUCCAUUUGCAGUAACGUCUUCUUCAGGAGCACCUCCAUGAUGCUGUUCUUGAACAAAAUCGAUCUGUUUCAAGAGAAGAUCUUGCACUCUGGGAGACACCUGAGGCUUUACUUUCCGGAGUUCACAGGUGCUGACUGUGAUGUGGAUGCUGCAGCCCGAUUCAUCGCCGGCAUGUUUGGGGUGGUCAGCACCAUGCCCGAUAAGCUGAUCUAUCACCACUUCACCACAGCCACCGACACCUCCAACGUACAAGUCGUCUUCCAGGUCGUCAUGGACACCAUCAUGAAGGAGAACCUGGAGGCAGUCUCUCUGCUCUGAGGAUACAGGAUCCACACUCUUCCUUUGGUUCAUAUUCAGAAGCUUAAUCAGCAGAAUUUGUUUGUACCAGAACAAAGUCUUGGGCUAUAACAAGAAUAUGGAGGGGAAAAAACUUUAACCAAAACAAGUAUUUCAUCAGUAGCCUCUACUGAGGUGAAAGGCUUGGGUGCAGAACGCUGUGCUGGAUCGUUGGGCUUUUGACAGGUCUGUGCGCAGUCUUCAGUUUCCGGUCUUUAAGCUGACGCUUUCUGUCGGUCACGGCGGCAGCUCUGGGGGAAAUUAUAGGACGGCGAUCUUGUGUCCCCUCUUAUUCACUGCCCAUUUUCCGUCUUGCUUGCUCUCCCCGGUCCUGAAAUGAGCUGUCUACCCCCUCUGAAGUGUCCGAGUGUGGCUGCGGCGGUUGGGGGGGGAGGGGCUGGCCCGCGAGUAACCACGUGGUGCGGGGCGUGAUCGCGCGGCAUCCCCAGGGUUAACCCUGUUUUUGACCACAUGAAGCAUCACGAAACGACAGCAUGUAGGACUUCAGUACGGAUGAGGUGUAUGUUUCUUGGCUUAGUGGUCACCGUGAGUAUGGAGAAAAGGUCGGGAUUUGUUGCGGCCCAAAACGCGCAUAAGUUUCCCUCUAGAGCUAUGCACACAUUCAUUUCCAUAUGAAAUCACUGCCUCUGGUUUGGGUUUAGGGAAAUGGAUUAGGGUUGAAGUUCAGGACACGGUAGUUUGGCAUCAGAAUCGCGCAGUUAGCCUCAGAUAAAUUUCUUUUGCUGCCUUUGGGUGAAGCAGCAGAUACAUACGAUGAGCUCCCCCAGAGCGACGGAGUAUGAAUGAAUUGCCGUUUAAGUCACCCGCAUGACACUUGCAUAAUUUCACCGUGCCACUUAAUUUCAUAAUUCUGCGAUAUAAACCCUCGCUGCGUGUGAACAGCUUGUGGCCACCGACGGAUGAGUCUUAUGAGAAAGUGAGUAUUUAGGAAGCCUUACGUCAAGCUCAUGGUGCGUUAGGUGGAUGCAGCUUGGCGCCACCUCCCAUGCGGAGUCGGCCGCACUUUUCCUCCCAGGGUACCGUACUCUUAAUAAUUUUUAAAUUUUGAGGCUUCUUUUUAGCUCACAGCACUUUUCCGUCAUCAACGCAUAUUUCCGCCUGUGUGGCAGGCGUUUGACGGUUGUCGUUACGGAAAGGAGAUUUGGGUGUGAGAAACGUGGUAUUUGGACUAAUCUCCAUGGGUUUUUACAUCAUUGCUGCUGUCAUUCGCGAUCUUUGGGGAUUAAAAUCUUCACCCCUUUUUUUUAACAUUGCAGAAGUUUAUUUUGGCGUUCCUUUGAUAUGUUUGCUUUUGAGAGUUUACGAUUUUGACCAAUGGCAAGUUGAGGGGCUUGCAAAGCUGAUGUCUGCCCUCCAGUCAAGCGGGACCUUUAUGGUUUCCCUCGAGCCCAUCUUCCAGUCGAAAGCUGUUUUAGGUUUACACUGGUUUAUUUUUUUUAAAUAUGUAUUUCAUUACAAAAAUGUAUAUACAAGGCCACAGUCAUUGUGCACGCGUGAGACAUGGACACUGAAUUACUUAAGUGCCUUACACUGUCCACCUCCUUGGAUGUGUGAUUUAUUUAAUAUCACCUGAAACUUCACGGACGGUUAAUAGCGUAGUAUGAGUAAUGUAAAUUUACUGUGAAAUAUUUCGUGUACGUCUACCGAUCUGUUCAGAGUUACCUUGUUUUGUGACGAAGAUGAAUGCACUAAUAUUAAAGUAUUAUUUUAAUUGUU